AGGAGUUGCAGCUAUCAUGACUGUCUUCAGGCAAGAGAAUCUGGAUGAUUACUAUGAGAUCGGAGAGGAACUCGGAAGUGGGCAGUUUGCAGUUGUAAGAAAGUGUCGCGAGAAGAGCACUGGAACACAAUAUGCUGCAAAAUUCAUCAAGAAACGGAGAACAAAAUCCAGCCGUCGGGGAGUGAGUAGAGAAGACAUUGAACGAGAAGUAAAUAUAUUAAAAGAAAUCCAGCACCCCAAUGUGAUCACACUACAUGAUGUGUAUGAAAGUAAAAUGGACGUCAUUCUUAUCCUGGAACUUGUUGCAGGAGGGGAGCUUUUUGAUUUUUUAGCUGAAAAGGAAUCUUUGACUGAAGAGGAGGCCACGGAAUUUCUCAAGCAAAUCCUUAAUGGUGUUAAUUAUCUGCACAGUCUGCAAAUCGCACACUUUGAUCUCAAGCCUGAGAACAUAAUGCUACUGGAUAGAAAUGUACCAAAACCUCGUAUCAAGAUCAUUGACUUUGGCUUGGCACACAAAAUAGACUUUAGUAAUGAGUUUAAGAACAUUUUUGGAACACCGGAAUUUGUUGCUCCUGAAAUAGUAAACUAUGAACCUUUGGGUCUGGAGGCGGAUAUGUGGAGCAUUGGUGUAAUAACUUACAUUCUUCUGAGUGGUGCAUCGCCUUUUCUUGGAGAGACAAAACAAGACACAUUAGCCAAUGUAUCUGCAGUGAACUAUGACUUUGAGGAAGAAUUCUUCAAUAAUACCAGUGCCCUAGCUACGGAUUUUAUAAGAAGACUUCUGGUUAAGGACCCAAAGAAAAGGAUGACCAUUCAAGACAGCUUGCAGCACCCCUGGAUUAAGCCUAAGGAUACCCUACAAGUACUGAGUAGAAAAGCAUCUGCUGUAAAUAUGGAGAAAUUCAAAAAGUUUGCAGCACGAAGGAAAUGGAAACAAUCUGUGCGAUUAAUAUCAUUAUGCCAAAGAUUAUCAAGAUCUUUUUUAUCCAGAAGUAACAUGAGUGUGGCUAGAAGUGAUGAUACUCUGGAUGAAGAAGAUUCAUUUGUCAUGAAAGCCAUCAUUCAUGCCAUCAAUGAUGAUAAUGUUCCUGGUCUCCAACAUCUUCUGGGGUCUUUGACCAAUUAUGAUGUAAAUCAACCCAACAAGCAUGGGACACCUCCAUUUCUGAUUGCUGCUGGAUGUGGGAAUAUUCAAAUGCUUCAGUUAUUCCUAAAUCGAAGUGCCCGUAUUGAUGUCAAGGAUAAGGCAGGAUCUAAUGCCAUAUAUUGGGCAUCUCGACAUGGUCACGUAGAAACUCUGAAAUUCCUCCAUGUAAAUAAAUGUCCUUUGGAUGUUAGAGACAAGUCUGGGGAAACUGCACUCCAUGUGGCAUCUCGUUAUGGUCAUGUUGAUGUAGUACAGUACCUGUGUAGUAUUGGAGCAAAUCCAAAUUUUCAAGAUAAGGAAGAAGAAACCCCUUUGCAUUGUGCUGCUUGGCACGGCUACUACCUUGUUACCAAAGCACUUUGUAAGGCAGGUUGUAAUGUGAAUGCUAAAAAUAAAGAAGGUGAAACGCCACUCUUGACAGCCUCAGCUAGAGGUUACCAUGAUAUUGUGGAAUGUUUAGCGGAGCAUGGAGCUGACCUUGAUGCUACUGACAAGGAUGGGCUUAUAGCCCUUCACCUUGCAGUCCGAAGAUGUCAGAUGGAAGUGGUUAAAAUGCUCAUCCAUCAUGGGUGUUGUAUAGAUUUCCAGGAUAGACAUGGGAAUACACCUCUUCAUGUAGCCUGCAAAGAUGGAAAUGUUCCCAUUGUGAUGGCACUCUGCGAAGCAAACUGUAACAUUGAUAUCACUAAUAAGUAUGGGCGUACACCUUUACAUCUGGCAGCAAACAAUGGAAUUCUUGAUGUUGUCCGGUACCUCUGUCUCAGUGGAGCUAAUGUGGAAACCAUAACUUCUGAUGGUAAAACAGCAGAAGACCUGGCUAGAGCAGAGCAACAUGAACUUGUAGCUAGCCUCCUUGCAAGGCUAAAAAAGGACACUCACAGAACACUGUUCAUCCAGCAUCUUCGACCUACUCAUAAUCUACAGCCGAGAAUAAAACUUAAGCUCUUUGGUCACUCUGCAUCUGGUAAAACUACUCUUGUGGAGUCUCUAAAGUGUGGCCUCCUGAGAAGCUUUUUCAGAAGACGCAGACCAAGGAUUUCUUCUACAAACUCAGUCAGAUUUCCUCCUUCACCUUUAUCUAAUAAGCCAUCAGUUUCUGUAAGUAUUACAAAUCUCUACCCUGGCUGUGAGAAUGUUAGUGUGAGAAGCCGCAGCAUGAUGUUUGAGCCAGGCCUGACCAAAGGGAUGUUGGAAGUAUUUGUUUCUCCUGCUCACCAUUCCCACUGUUCAACGGAUGAUCAGUCUACAAAGGCCAUUGAUGUACAGAAUGCUUAUCUGAACGGAAUUGGUGAUUUCAGUGUAUGGGAAUUCUCUGGGAAUCCUGUAUAUUUCUGCUGCUAUGAUUAUUUUGCUGCCAAUGACCCCACCUCAGUUCACAUUGUGCUUUUUAGUCUUGAAGAACCCUAUGAAAUACAGUUGAAUCAAGUGACCUUUUGGCUUAGUUUCCUAAAAUCGCUUGUUCCUGUUGAAGAACCUAUAGCAUUUGGAGGAAGGCUGAAAGCCCCACUGCAUGUUGUGUUGGUGGCUACCCAUGCCGACAUUGUCAAUCUUCCACGUUCUGCUGCAGGAGAGUUUCAUUAUGACAAAGAUACAUCACUUCUAAAAGAAAUUAGGAACAGGUUUGGCAAUGACCUCCACAUUUUGGAGAGAUUAUUUAUUUUGGAUGCUGGUGCAUCUGGCUCAAAAGAUAUGAAGAUUCUCCGAAACCACCUUCAGGAAUUACGCAGCCAAAUUAUCUCUACAUGUCCACCGAUGACUCACUUGUGUGAAAAAAUCAUCUCUACCCUACCAUCAUGGAGAAAAAUGAAUGGACCCAACCAGCUCAUGUCAUUGCAGCAGUUUGUAUAUGAUGUCCAGGAUCAGCUUAAUCCAUUGGCAAGUGAAGAUGAUUUGCGACAUAUUGCCCAGCAGCUACACAGCAUAGGAGAAAUCAAUAUCAUGCAGAGCGAGACAGUCCAAGAUGUUGUUCUUCUGGAUCCUCGGUGGUUAUGUUCAAAUGUCCUUGGAAAACUUCUGUCUGUGGAGAACCCCAAAGCCCUCCAUCAUUACAGAGGUCGAUACACUAUAGAGGACAUCCAGCGUCUGAUACCAGACAGUGAUAUAGAAGAACUUAUACAAAUCUUGGAUGCCAUGGAUAUCUGUGCUAGAGAUCUCAGCAGUGGAACAAUGAUAGAUAUUCCUGCCUUGAUCAAGACUGACAGCCUGCAUAGGUCUUGGGCUGAUGAGGAGGAUGAAAUUAUGAUUUAUGGUGGUGUUAGAAUUGUUCCUGUGGAACACCUGACUCCGCUUCCUUGUGGAAUCUUCCAUAAAGUUCAGGUGAAUCUGUGUAGGUGGAUACAUCAGCAGAGCACAGAAGGAGAUGCUGACAUACGUCUGUGGGUAAACGGAUCAAAGAUCAUGAACCGUGGAGCUGAGCUGCUUGUGCUUCUUGUCAACAAUGGUCAGGGUAUUGAAGUUCAAGUCAGAGGACUAGAAACUGAGAAGAUCAAAUGCUGCUUAUUGCUGGAUUCAGUAUGUAGUACCAUUGAUACCCUGGUAGCUACCACGUUGCCAGGACUCUUAACAGUCAAACAUUAUCUCAGCCCUCAACAGCUAAGGGAGCACCAUGAGCCAGUAAUGAUCUAUCAGCCAAGAGAUUUUUUCCGUGCACAAAGUCAAAAAGAGACUUCGUUGACUAAUACCAUGGGUGGCUAUAAAGAAAGCUUUAGCAGUAUUUUGUGCUUUGGAUGUCUUGAUAUCUACUCACAGGGAAGCUUGGGGAUGGAUAUCCAUGUAUCAGAUCUGAAUCUGCUUACAAGGAGGAAAUUGAGUAGACUUCUAGAUCCGCCAGAUCCCAUGGGCAAGGACUGGUGCCUUCUUGCAAUGAACUUGGGCCUUCCUGAUCUUGUUGCAAAAUAUAAUACAAACAGUGGUAGUCAAAAUGACUUCAUCACAAGCCCAUCCCAUGCCCUUCUGCAGGAGUGGGGGAAUACCCCUGAGAGUACUGUGGGUGUCUUAAUGUCUAAGCUGAGGGAGUUAGGCCGCAGAGAUGCAGCAGACUUUUUACUGAAAGCAUCUUCUGUGUUCAGGGUCAGUUUAGAUGCUAAUGGCCAUGAAGCCUACGCUUCCAGCUGCAACAGUGGAACAUCUUAUAAUUCAAUCAGCUCCGUGGUUUCCCGGUAA